AAAGUGAAGAGGAUUUGCUGGCCCUGGCCGCGUCACGGCUGAGCCGCCGCAAGCGGGUGGCGGGCGCAGCCGUCGGGGUGGCUAUGGUGCUGCUGCUGCUGGUAGCCAUCCCGCUACUGGUGCACAGCUCUCGCGGACCAACACACUAUGAGAUGCUAGGUCGCUGUCGCAUGGUGUGUGACCCCCAUGCAUCCCGAGGCCAAGGCCCCGACGGCGCGCCCGCCUCGGUGCCUCCCUUACCUCCAGGUGCCAAGGGAGAGGUGGGGCGGCGAGGGAAGGCAGGCCUGCGGGGGCCACCAGGACCUCCAGGUCCCAGAGGGCCUCCUGGAGAGCCAGGCAGGCCAGGUCCCCCAGGUCCUCCUGGCCCAGGCCCUGGAGGGGCAGCGCCUCCUGCCGGCUAUGUACCCCGAAUUGCCUUCUACGCGGGUCUAAGGCGGCCUCACGAGGGUUAUGAAGUGUUGCGCUUUGACGACGUGGUGACCAACGUGGGCAACGCUUACGAGGCAGCCAGCGGCAAGUUCACCUGUCCCAUGCCGGGCGUCUACUUCUUCGCUUACCACGUGCUCAUGCGCGGAGGUGACGGUACCAGCAUGUGGGCCGAUCUGAUGAAGAAUGGACAGGUCCGUGCCAGCGCCAUUGCCCAGGACGCAGAUCAGAACUACGACUAUGCCAGCAACAGCGUCAUUCUGCACCUAGAUGUGGGUGACGAGGUCUUCAUCAAGUUGGACGGUGGAAAGGUGCACGGCGGUAACACUAACAAGUACAGCACCUUCUCGGGAUUCAUCAUUUACCCGGACUGAGCCCAGCACCUUCUCCUACUCUCAUGUUCAUGUUCGUUCGUUCGCCGGCUCCCUCGACCCUUCUCUCUAAUCCACACCCACCU